AUGCUCCGCUACAUCUUCGCCGUCUCAGCCCUGGCUGUCAUUGCCGUUUAUGCGCAAAACACCCCGUCGCCAUGCAUGAUGUGCGACUUCAUCGUCAACCAGGCCCGCCACCACUUCCACAACAACAUCACCGACAAGGCCGCCCUCCUCAAGGAGCUCCAACAGGACUGCAACUCCCUCCGCCGCUUCUACGGUGACCAGGCCGUCAAGAACUGCCAGGCCGGCGUGCAGGCCAACAUUGACAAGAUCUACACCGACCUGACCACCGGCAAGGACGCGUGGCAGACGUGCGCCGACGUCGGCGAGUGCAUGGGAACCGAGCCCACCCACCCCAGCCACAUGCCCAGCCACAUGCCCGAGCAGGAGCAGCCGGUGCGCGGAGAGCGAUAUUUC